AUGGGAGAUAUUAAAUCAUUUUUGCAUCAAUGGUGCACUAAAAAUGGCAAGGAGCCUCAGUUUGAUGUCAGACCUACGGGUCUGAAGCAUCGCCAACGUUUCCUCUGCGAGCUGCGAGUAAACGGCUUCGACUACGUCGCAGUGGGAAACUCCACCAACAAAAAGGACGCGCAGGGCAACGCAUCCCGAGACUUUAUUAACUACCUGGUCCGAACGGGCCACGUGGCUGCAAAGGAUGUCCCCGGAGACAUUGGUCCAACCGGAGGAAUGGAUGCAGGAGCUGGUCCAGCUCCUGGCCCAGCACAAGGUCAAGGUCCAGCGCCAGGUCCUCAGAGAUCAGUCUUUCAGGACGGAAUGGGCCCGAACGACAUCGGUCAAGCCUACAGACCUUACAACGACCGCGGAGAGUCCAAUUAUACUUACAUGGACCGGAUCGCCGACCAGAAGCGCGUCGAGGAAGCCGAGGACCUGGAUGUGAAUGCUGCGAUCCACGGGAACUGGACCAUCGAGAACGCCAAGUCGAAGCUCCACCAGUUUAUGCAAACGAACAAAAUUAAUACUGACUAUAAGUAUACGCCCGUUGGUCCCGACCACACUAGGUACGGUUUAAGAAAUCUCCACAUAACCGGCCGAGAAACGGCGUCAAACAAGCAAACAGCUUCAAAAAGCUGCGCUCUGUCUUUAGUACGUCAAUUAUACCACUUGGGAGUAAUCGAGCCCUUCUCAGGUACUCUAAAAAAGACCCGUGAAACUCAGCAAAUGAAGCCUUACCCGGUGAAAAUCUCCCCGGAGCUGAUGGACAAGGUCUACGAAGUGCUCAAUGGCUUGGACGUGAAGCCCGUUGAUGUUCGUCGCGCUCCUAUGCCUGAAAAAGUAGAACCAGGAACCCAGAACCCGGAGUCCAAGCCGGGGAUUUCUCUGGUGACUGACCAGGAUGCUUCGCUGAAGCAAAGCAUGAAAGAGCGCUCCACUCUCCCGGUCUUCGCAAAGAAGAACGAGAUAAUGGCAGCAAUAAAUGAGAACCCGGUGAUAAUAAUCCGCGGAAACACUGGCUGCGGAAAAACCACCCAAGUGUGCCAGUUUAUCCUGGAUGACUAUAUCGCCUCCGAGCAGGGCGCUUACUGCAGCAUAGUAGUAACCCAGCCCCGGCGAAUUUCCGCUGUCUCAGUUUCCGACCGAGUUGCCGCAGAGCGCUGCGAGCCUCUAGGCCAGUCCGUAGGGUACAGUGUCAGAUUCGAGUCCCAGCUUCCGCGCCCCUACGGCAGCAUAAUGUUCUGCACAGUCGGAGUUUUGCUCCGCAAACUCGAAGGAGGACUUAGAGGCGUGUCCCACGUGAUUGUCGACGAGAUCCACGAGCGAGACGUCAACUCUGACUUUAUAAUGGUCCUACUUCGUGACAUGGUCCACACUUACCCUGACUUGAGGGUCAUCUUGAUGUCAGCGACCAUCGACACGAGUCUCUUCAGUGAUUACUUCAACAAGUGCCCAGUAAUUGAAGUCCCGGGUCGCGCUUAUCCAGUCCAGCAAUAUUUCCUGGAGGAUUGCGUUCACUUGACCAAUUUUGUCCCGCCAAUGGACUCCAGGAAGCGCAAGUCCAGGGACCCUGAUGAUACUCUUCCUGACGCAGAGCCCGAGGAAAAUAUGAACAAGUUUGUCAGCUCGGAUUAUUCUGAGCACACUAAAAACGCAAUGGCCCAAUUGUCGGAAAAGGAAAUCAGUUUUGAGUUAAUUGAAGCUUUGCUGGAGUAUAUAAGGAGGCAAGGAAUUCCAGGAGCUGUUCUUAUGUUCCUGCCAGGCUGGAAUUUAAUUUUUGCGCUGAUGAAACAUCUUCAACAGCAUCCUGUUUUUGGAGGGAAUAAAUAUGUUAUUAUUCCCCUGCAUUCGCAGCUUCCUAGAGAGGAUCAGAGGAAGGUUUUUGAACCAGUUUCUCCAGAUGUUACCAAGGUAAUUCUCUCAACAAACAUCGCAGAAACUUCAAUUACAAUCAACGACGUAGUCUACGUAAUAGACUCCUGCAAAGCCAAAAUGAAGCUCUUCACUUCCCACAACAACAUGACGAACUACGCAACAGUCUGGGCAAGCAAGACCAACCUGGAGCAGCGUAUGGGUCGAGCUGGACGUGUAAGACCCGGUUUUUGCUUCCAUCUGUGCUCCAAAGCCAGGUUCAACAAGAUGGAGCAGCACAUGACUCCAGAAAUGUUCCGGACGCCUUUGCACGAGCUUGCUUUAAGCAUCAAGCUGCUGAACCUCGGUUCCAUCGGGAAGUUCCUGUCCAAAGCGAUCGAGCCGCCUCCAAUUGACGCGGUGAUAGAAGCUGAGGUGAUGCUCCGGGAGAUGAAGUGCUUGGACUCCAAUGACGAGUUGACUCCUCUGGGAAAAAUCCUUGCGCGGCUGCCUAUUGAACCGAGACUCGGCAAGAUGAUGAUCAUGGGCUGUAUGCUAAGAGUUGGAGAUGCUCUAUCAACCAUGGCCGCCAACAGUACCACCUUCCCGGAGGUCUACAACAUGGGUCCUGAUAUGAGGAGACUCUCUGCUCAGCAGAAGUGGUUCGCUGGUGCUAGGUACAGCGACCAUGUUGCUAUGCUACAUGCUUUUCAAUGCUGGGAAGAAGCUCGUGGAGGCGGAGAGUAUGCUGAGCAAGCUUUCUGCGACUCUAAAGGUUUAAGCCUACCAACCCUCCGUGUAACCUGGGAAGCUAAAAACCAGCUUCAAGGUCUCUUACAAACCACAGGCUUCCCUGAAGAGACUUUAUGCCCAACUCCAUUGAACUACCAAGCAGGUGCAGAUGUGCGACUGGACACCAUCACAGCGCUUCUGUGCAUGGGUCUGUACCCAAACGUUUGCUACCACAAGGAAAAGCGCAAGGUUCUAACCACAGAAUCGAGGGACGCUUUGAUCCACAAGACUUCAGUGAACUGCAGCAACUUUGAGCAGACUUUUCCGUACCCAUUUUUCGUUUUUGGCGAGAAGAUCCGAACCCGAGCGGUGUCUUGCAAGCAGCUGACGAUGGUAUCACCGAUCCAUCUUCUGUUAUUCGGCUCCAGGAAGGUGGAGUUCAUUGAUAAUGUCAUUAGGUUGGACAAUUGGAUCAACCUGGAGAUGAAUCCUGAGCAAGCUGCAGCGAUUGUUGCUCUAAGGCCUGCUUUGGAGAGCUUGGUCGUUCGCGCAGCGAAGGACCCUGAGACUAUCUUGGAGCUCAGUCCAAUUGAAGACAAGGUCCUGGCGACAAUCAAGGAGCUCUGUGGAAUGAACGCGGGUCGCUUUGAGAUGGACGCUAUCACUGGAGGAGGCUUCCAGUCCCGGCGACCGCCUCGUGGACACUCCACUGGCUUCUCAGGACCUCCGAAUAAAUUUACAAGAGAUGACAACUACCGUGGUGGACCUAGAGGUGGGUUUGGAGGCAGGGGUGGCUUCAGAGGUCGUGGGUGGGGUGACCGAGGUCAACGUGGCUAUAAUAGAUAUUAA